UCAGCUAAGGAGUUACGACCAUAACACGCAUUGUACAUAAAUUAGAAAAAAGAAAUAAAAAAAUUGUUAUCUGUGGAAAAAUGGCGGUCAAAAUAUUGUUGGUAUUUUUCGUAGCGAGUUUGGCGGGCGCUUACGGUGAAGACCUCUCGAACUAUCAAAUAAGCAGAAACCAGAUCGCAGGCGGGCCCGGCACCGGAGGCUACGGGAAUUACUACCCGGGGCAGUACCCCAUUGGGCCGGGGUACGGCGGGAACCCGGGCUUCCCUGGGGGAUACCCUCAGCACCCAGGAGCCGUGGGGCCGCCGGGAGCUCACCCUGGGUGUCCGUUAUGCGACUCAUCGGUGUACAGCUACUGUUCGAAGAAGCAGGCCCAUGAUGCAUGCUGCUGUAAUUCAGGAUUGUUCGGCUACGGCUGCCAAAAAGUGAACUGUAACUUCCUAUACGCGAACUCCUGUCAGGAGCACCAGCUCAUCACCAACUGUUGCUGCGUCGACCUCUACAAGGGGGGAGAGGCCGGCCCUCAGCCCGUGAUAGCUUAGAUUACACCUUUAUAGUUCCUUUGUAUGUUAAAUUUUAAAAUAUUAUGUCACAAUGUAAAUUAACACGUUUACUUCUGAAAACGCGCGUAGCAUAAUAAACACACUGUUAUGAUAAUAUAUUUAUAGUUCUUUUUGUAUUUAUUAAUGUCAAAUGACACGGUGCUAAAUAUUUUUUCAUUGUCAGAGUUGGAAACGAAAAGGGUUAAUAAAUUUGAGAUUCCUCUUGUAGGCGAUGGGCUAGCAACCUGUCACUAUUUGAAUCUCAAUUCCAUCCGUACAGCUGAACGUAGCCUCAGUCCUUACAAGACUGCUGGCUCUGUCUAUCCCGCAAGGGAUAUAGACAUCACUAUGUAUGUAUGUAUCUUCUGGUAGAAGGAAAGUAAUCGUAGUAAACGUGUUGAUACUUUAUG